AUGAGCAACACACCCAUCCAGGAUCCAGUUGCCCAGGGACUGUCCUCUGGCAGUGAGCAGUCAUUACCCUGCCCACCCUUACAGCCCAUCUCUGAUCCCUCGGCUUCCAGACGAGUAUGUUUCUACAAAAGCGGUGACUAUAAGUUCAGCGGGCAUCGCAUGGUCAUCAAUGGCCGCACUUUCAAGACAUUUGAUGCUCUCCUGGACACUUUGUCCAAGAAAGUGCCUCUUGCAUUUGGAGUGAGGACCAUCACCACACCGCGUGGGGUACACCUCGUAAAAAGUCUGGAUGACUUACAUGAUGGAGGAUCUUACGUGUGUUCUGAUCAAAAACGGGUGAAGCCAUUGAACCUGAAUGAAGUGAACCGGCGACAGGUACCGUGGAACACCACCAGACCCCUGAGCACAGGACGACAAAGACGUCUCCAGGUACGGCAGUUCGGCCGGAGGAAUGAGGUCGUCAACGGGCCAACGAGGGUCACCGCAAGGGUGACAGUACGGACACCAAAGAGACUUCUGGUCAUUAAGAACAAGGACCCCGCUGUUAAACGCACAAUUGUGUUGCAGAGAAGAACAGCACCAACAUUUGACUCUUUGCUGGAUUACCUCUCUCAGAUCCUGCAGUUCCCAGUGCUGAAACUCUUCUCCCCAGAUGGCAGAAGAGUUGAGGGUCUUGCUGCACUUAUCUUGUGCUCUGGAGUUGUUGUGGCAGCGGGCAAUGAGCCAUUCAGAUUAGGAAACUACAUUUUUCACGGAACGGGCCAGAUGGCGCAGGUCAUGUACAUGGAAGAAUUGGAGCCAUCUGUGCUGCAGCCCAGAACCCAGAACAACAAAUCUCUCUCAAGUGGAAGAAGCUCGAGAAACUUCUCCUUGUCAUCAGAGCGAUACAUUGUCGACCAGAUAAACAAAUCUCUGAAUGGAAGCACGAAUGACCACCUGCAUCACCCCAACGGGUCAAUUGAAACAGAAGUCAACCCGCACCACACAUCCGUCGAGACACGUGGAACUGGGCAGGUAGAUAACGGGCAUCAUUCUUGUGUCUUGCCUCAGGACGAUGACAUUGAGAAGUCUUUCCGUGUGAACCAAGAUGGCAGCAUGACAGUAGAAAUGAAAGUGCGUCUGACCAUCAAAGAGGAGGAGAUGAUCCACUGGACUACCACACUCAGCCGCCACAGCCUUAGCAAGAGGGCAGCUUGUGCCUCAAUGUCUGAGUUGGGCAACAGCUCACCCGACUCAAACAAUGCAAUUGCCAAAGACUCCUCCAGCAUCAGUGAGGAUGACACCAAAGAAGAAAACCAUCUCGCUGAAAUAGGAAAGGGUGUCUGCUUUAACGACAAGCAAGUAUACAAGAACCAUACUUCAAAAGCUUCGGGAAAAGCAAAAACAAGUAUCCAACGUACUCCUACGCCAGGUCCUCGACACGUUAGGAAGAAGGCAUCUGUUGAGAGCGUUAAGACGGUGACAGGGUCAGGGGUUCAAGAGAGCAGCCUGGGACAUUAUUCCUACGUGGAGAGGACGGCUGAUGGCGAUACGACUGAGGGAUACUGCGUUGUCAGACACAGCAGCAGCAGCAGCAAGCGGCCGACCCCAAAGCCUCGGAAAACGGCGUCUGCAGGGGCAAGCGACAAAGUCAGCCGCUCCCCUGCCAGGCCGUCAGGAGUAGCUGAUGUCCUUCAGAUACAGAAUAACGGGAUGGAGGUUACAGAAACUGUGAUGCAUAUCUAUGAGAGCCGAGGCGACUAUGACAACUAUUUUGCAAAUGAGGAAUAUAGCGCAGAUGACACACCUUUGCAUGGUUCCACUUCGGUGUCAGAUAGCAAACCGUCCACUGAGUCAGGGCCGAGUUCAUCCAGCAAUGAUUGUGAUAUCGAUUUUAGCAGGCAGCCGCCCACUACUGGCCCGCUACAACGACAGAAAGAGGAGAUGUUAUCAUUGUCAUCAGAGCCAGUUUCUCCAACACAUGAGAUGACGAACAAUCUGUCUACAGUGACUGAGAUUGACACUCAAACAGCAGCAAAUUCCCUAAUUGAGGACACAGUGAAAAGGGACAAGACUCCUAAAAGUGAAAAGGAUAAAAAGACAGUAAAACCUGCCAGGAAUCAAAAGAGUUCUACUUCAAAAAAUAGCAAACCUUCAUCUUCUGAGAAGCUCAGCAGCAAUGCCAGUACGGGAAAAAAGAGUUUGGGUUCAUCGGAAAGUGCUAAAAGUGGGAAAAAAAGUAAAGGAGCUGGGAAGAAAGUAGAAAAGCCUCAGUCUAAGAAAUCAAUUAAUGACGAAGAGACACCCAGGACGGACUCAGCCUUAUUAAAGAAAAUUGAAAAUGUAAAAAUUACCCCACCCAAGAGACAGAGCGCAAAUAAAAUAGCAGCUAAAGACAAUGGCCACAAUGUCAAUACUCCAUCUGGAAGGCCUCAAAUGAAAAAGAACAUGUCAGACAUUUUACAACCUAAAAAAUCACUUCUGACAGGCAAAAAAACAGCGAGCAAACCCAAAACCAUAACUGCAAACAGAACGCCAACACCUAAAAAAGCUUUGGAGUUCAUUGAGAGUGUUUCCACGCCUUCCCUGAAUCCAACGCCCUCUGAAAUCCACCAGUAUGUUGAGAACUGGUUGGAGAAAGUCAGUCGAGACCAGGUGCCGUACGAAGAGGCCGUCCCGGUUGAAUCAGAACCUCCCUCGAACAUUGCGUUUCAGAUAGGUGGCGAAUCUGAGACAGAUGAGAAGAACGGAUGUCAGACUAAUUUAGAUGAAAAUUACCCGCCGCCUGGUGAUGCUGUAAAGAAAUCUCCUUCUUGUCUAUCAGUUCCUCUGUACCACGAGGGGCCAGAAACAUCUCUGCUGCACAAUGAUCAGAAAGCAAGAGGUUUAUGCGUUUCAAUGCCAAGUGUCAGGCUGGAUCCUGUCAGCCAGGAGAACCAACUGAGGGCACAUAGAUCUGCAGAGGCCAUCGGUCCAACCGGCAGUGAAGCGACUUCAUCGAUGUCCAACAUUCUAAGUCCCAAAGAGACAAUGACACCUGUCCCGCGGCAGCUUUGUACCUCUGUUCAGAACAUCAGAAGGGCGUCCGACACCAACACAGCAUCCAAUCUCGAGAAGUCCAACAGCCUUCCUGAUUUCUCCACACAAGUAACUUCGGUGUUCGGCUCGUCGUGUAAAGCAUUCGUGUCAUUCUUGUCAGUCAUGACUCUGAGAGAUAACAUUACAGGCUCUGCUCAGGGAGACGGCGGCCAAUCCAGAAGCACCUCAGAGGCCAUGCUAAUAAUGCAAUCCCUGCUCAAAAUUUCCACCCUUGAGGACAAGGAAGAGCAGAGGGCAAGUCUGACAGAUCUGCAAAGCAGAACAUCCUCCCAGUUUAGAGAACGGUGGAAGGAUUUCCAGAUUUUGAGGGAGAGGCUUGAGAGUGAGCCACUUUCUCCCAGUGUUUCGGAAACGGAGUUUGCCCUGGAUCUUGCCUCUGAAGGGGGAGACAUAUUUGAGGAUCAACAGCUCACUAUUGAUGAGCUGAUGGAGGAGCUGAAUAUGCCACAAGACCUCAGAGCAGAAAUCUCCUCAACAAUCCAACAAGCUAGAAGUUUCUACCCUGUGGAAGAGAGCACUUUUGUAGAGAAUGAAAGGAACCAGUCCGACUCAGAAGAAGAUGUGGAGAAAUUUGUUGAGGAAUGCAACGAUGAAGCAAAGUCAACAGAUCGUGAGGAUACCUGCACUGUUGAGAACAUUGCUGGAAAAAAACAAAAUGAUAAUAAUGGAGAUGGAGAGUCAGACCAGGAAACUGAUGAAGUUCAGGAAACAGGCCCUGAUGUGAAAGAGACAGAAGUAUCACAGACAGAAGAUGAGGCCCUGGAAGUCAAACUAAAUGAGACAGAAGAGAAUGAAGACCAGGUAGAGGAGGAUAGGGAGGGGGAGAAGGCAGAAGAGGAUGGAGACACGAAAAAGACAAAUGAUGAUGGUGAAGAGCUUGAAAACGUGGGAAAGAAAAGGGAGGAAGAAAGAGAAGAGGAGGCAGCGAUGGAAGAGGAUGAGGGGCAGGAUGACUGGGAGGCAGAGAAAGGAAGUGUCGAGGAAUCUGUAGUAAAGGUAUGGACAGAGGAAGAGAUGACUGCAGAUGAGGAGGAGCAGGGGGAGAAAUUAGAAGAAGGAAACAAAGUGGUUGAGGAGAAAGUGGAGAAACUAAUGAAUGAAGAAGACACAGACGAGAGAGAGGCUGUGGAGGACACAGAGGAGGAAGAGCAAGGGAAGGAUGGGGUUGAAGAAGAGGCAGAUGAGGACGAAAGUGGGGAGGAAGUGGGCAAUGAGGAAAAGCAGGUGGAGGAGACUGAAGAAGAAGAAGCAGAUGGGGUCGUUGAGGAGACAGAUGAAAAUCCCGAAGAGCAGGAAGAGGAAGAGAUGGAGGAGGUCAUUGAGGAGACAGAGGAGGAAAAGGAGGCAGAAAACAUAAUUGAUAAGGGGGAGGAGAUAGAGGACGGAUCAGAGAAAAUUUUAGAGACAGAUGAGGAAGAAGAGUUGGGAAAUAUAACUGAUGAGGUGAACGAGGAAGAGGAGGAAGAAGAGUUGGAUAAUAUACAUGAAGAGGUGAAUGAGGAAGAGGAGGAAGAAGAGGAGGAGGAAGAGUUGGAAAAUAUACAUGAAGAGGUGAACGAGGAAGAGGAGGAAGAAGAGUUGGAUAUUAUACAUGAAGAGGUGAAUGAGGAAGAGGAGGAAGAGGAGGAGGAAGACAUGGGUGUGGUUACUGAAGAAAGGGGUGAGGAAGAAGACAAAAUGGAGGAAAACAAUGAAGAGGAGAAGGCGGAUGCCAAGGUCAAAAAUACAGAAGAAGGGAGAAGUAAAGAAACUGGGAGUUUAGAAGAGCCUAAGGAAACAAUAAAUAGUAUGGAGGAGGAGUCAAUUGACGCUGAGGAGGAGAGGGAAGAAGAUGACGAAAACGAGUUGAAUGAGGAAUUCGACCAGUUGGAAAAACAGGAAUCAAAAGACGAGGUCGGAGAAGGAAAUGUUACCGGAGACACAGACAGUGUUGCAGAGGAUAAGGAUUGUCAAAGCCUGCUCGAAGAGGCCUCCUAUCUGCAGCAGAACAGUCGUGGUCGUGAAGAAGCAAAUGCAGAACAUAGCCCGGAAUCACCAACCAAAUAUUCCUCUGAGGGCCAGUGUGAAUAUGACAAAGGUAGUGGAACAGACAAUGAGCUUGAAACAGAUGAGGGAGGUGAGCGUCACGAGGACAGACGCGCCGGCCUACCACAUCCAGUGGAAAUAUCACAGGAGCUGCUUGACUAUGUCAACUUUGCCCUUCAGUCCUCUUCACUUACAUUCACCUAUGAUGCCCGUGGCAACAUUAGGAUCGAGCCGGAUAAUGCUCGGGCUGUGCAAACUAAACUGAAUGUCAUUCCCAAAAGAAGAAAGGAUAGUUCGUAUGGCCUAAAGUGUCUCCCGAGCCCGAACACCUCUGAUUUAUCCGAUUACAGACCGGAGACUUCAGAGAGCGGUGGAUAUAAAACUCAGGACUCUCUAGACAUCGUCACAGACAGCGGAGAUGAGGCUUCGGAGAGACCGUCUCCGGUCGUUCACGUCAACCGUAUCCCUAACGGAGGAACAAAUACAGUGCAAGCUCUUGCAAGUAGUGCAGAAGUCUCUCGCAGUUCCAGGAUCAAAAGUGCAGAGAGUUUCUGUUCCAACGAUUCAGGCACUAAAGUCUCAAAAGAGGAUCUGUCUUAUUUUAGUGCCGCAAGCUCAUUAAAGGCAGACGUGGAAGCUGCGCCAGAGGCCACACAGUGUAUUUCACACAGCUCAGACAAGGACACAGCUGAUGGGGUUUUGAUCGACCGAGGAAGGUGGCUGCUCAAGGAGAACCACCUCAUAAGAAAAUCCCCUCCAAUCUCCCUGGGAAUGUACGGCGACGCCGACAGCACCUCCACCGACACCGGUCAGGAGAACAUUGGCGAGGACUCGCCGGCUCAUUGUAAAACCCGGCACAACCCCCUCGUAGCCAUCUCCUCAUCGGAGCUCGAGGAGAUGGCGAAGCCUCAAACUCCAAAGUGUUCCUACUUUAACAUGCCACACGGAAGUGAUUCGGACCCCUUCAUGGAAGAUUCCAUCGGGCACGGUGGGAAAAGGGAUACGAGCAGUGUCAAAGGGAGAGGAUUCAGGGUGUCACCAAGUAUUGAUACUUAUCCAAAAAUGUAUCCAAAUAAAGUCGGUAGUAUGUCUUCAUUUGCAUCGGUUGAGUUCAAAAUACCUGAUGGGAAAGUGCAUCCCGAGGGGGAACCCUCAGCUGUGACACAGCCAAGAAGGACAUCUAGUGGAGGAGGCAGUGUAGUGCAGGUACACGACUCUCUGGAGACACUGCGCGUGAGAUGUGGACAAUACUGUCCAAUACUAUGAAAGCCGGAUAUUAUGUCAUAUAUUGAUAUUCACAUUAGCAGGUCCAAGGUGUGGCUUUUCUCUGCUCUGACCAAACACCAAUCUUUUUUGCAGGCCAGCCAGACCUACAGACCUGUGCCUCUUAUUUCAGUACAGUCCAAAAUGUACGUUUACAGACUUGGAUUUUGUGUUUGUUGAACGAGGAAAUUCAAAAUUCAAUGUAAUAAUACCAGCAAGGAUGAAAAACAUAUAUAUGUCAUUUAUUUUUAUACUGAAUAUAAUGCAACACUUCUUUCAAAGAAAGCAGAUUUUGUUCCUUAUUAUGUUUUAUUUUAUUGUUUGGGAUUUUCUAAGACAGCUGUGGAUACCAAAAUAUUCAAUAA